UCGAAUCAAAACAAACUACACUCUGCAGUCGUUCUAACGAUAAAGACUUCUCGCUUAUAAUAAAUUUUAAAAAUGUACAGAGUAUUACUUAUAUCUGCUGUUGAAGGCAUUGAGGCUGUCGAACAAGUUAACAAUAUAUACAGGCAUUUAAGCUACAGAGGAAAUGAUAUAACACUUUUCGACAUAGCCCGUUUAAAGAUGGAUGACGAAUAUGUCCAUCACAUCGACACGUUUAAAUCCCAAGUAAUGGACGCGGCAGAUGCAAUUAUUUUGGUUACCGACGAGUUUUGCGCUUCUUUAGUUCAAGACGUCCAGUCGUUGUUCACAACGCACAAUAAAUCAAAGCGUUCAAGCAAUGUUUGGUACCACAACGGCGUUUGCUGCACAAUACUUGGCGGCUCAAUAAAAAACUCUGGUGUUGCGAAACAGUUGUGGGAAGUCUUUUCAAAUCAACAUAUUUUAGAUUUCACCGAUCUUUUUCCUUAUGGAAAAACAAAAACAUAUAAUCUAGACUACACCAAAGAAACAGCGCAACCUGCCGUUGUAUAGAUUGUUUGGUCAAUGACUGUAAAUAGUGGGAUAUGUUUUUAUGUACAUAGUGUAUGCAGUUUUUCUAAUUUCUUUCUUAGUAUCGAGAACUCAUUGAACUUAUCCUAAGACAGAAAGUUUUCUAAAAAUCGCAUUUCUUUAUUGGUUCUUGUAUGUUUAUUGUAUUCUUCAAACAUUUGAAGAACACGAUUUGUUUACUAUAGACACAAAGUGUUAACUAUUUUUUUCAAGUUUAAAUUCUAUUUA